AUGGAUUGCGGAUCAAAAUUGAUGUUGGUGGCAGCUUUCCUGCUCCUAAACGUUUCGAGCUUCGUUGUCGUUGACGCGAGACUUGCAGACACAAGCAUUAUCAGGGGACCAGAUUGCAUCGGCAAGUCAGAGGAUCAAGAGUACAACGCUAACGUGGCUCGUCUCGUCAACAUAUUUGUCGACGAGACGAAAAAUGUGCAGCGCAGCCAUCACAACGACUACAGUUACGUUCACAGCUACCCGAAUCGCGACAAUGGCUCGGUCAUCGGAGGUGCUACCUGUGACAGGCACCUCUGGAAACUGGAUUGUUGGGCAUGUUUGGUCACCGCUAAGAACAAACUCAACACCAACUGCGAGCAUACCCUUGAUGCUAGGCUCGAAUUGGCUGAUUGUUCCAUCUGGUACAAAAUGAUCCAAUAA